GACCGUUUAGCCCGCGUUGCGGUUAAUUCAUUGGAGGCAGCUUCGCGGAUCGGGCUCCUGCGGGAGCCGGGCAGCCUGGACGGGCUUUUUGUCUGGCUGCUCCAGCCCCCUUUCCCUUCCUCCUCCUCCUCCCGAUGCCGUUUCCCUGCCCCUCCUCGCCCGGUACAGACAUUUGCAGCGCAGCCUGCGGCUCGUGGCUGCUGCUGUCGAAGCCGCUGCUCGGGAUUUCGGCUCGUUUCCCGCUGGGGUGUUUUUUGAGGUGGGAGAGCGUUUCUCUCCCCUCCACGAUGGGGUUUCCUUCCCGUGCCAGCAUAGACUUUCAUUGAUUUCUACUUCAGCGUUUAGUGACCGAUUCCUCUUAGGCGUAUUUCUGUGGUGGUUCCUUUUUUUUUUCCCCCUCAAAUACAUGAGCUGUAAAAUGGAGAACGAAAUUUUUACUCCCCUUCUGGAGCAGUUCAUGACCAGCCCUCUGGUCACUUGGGUGAAAACGUUUGGACCUCUGGCUGCAGGAAAUGGGACCAACCUGGAUGAAUAUGUGGCUUUGGUAGAUGGGGUGUUCUUGAACCAGGUCAUGCUCCACAUUAAUCCUAAAUCGGAGAGUCAGAGAGUAAAUAAAAAAGUCAACAAUGAUGCCUCACUUAGAAUUCAUAAUCUAUCCAUUUUGGUGAGACAGAUAAAAUGUUAUUAUCAGGAGACUUUGCAGCAGUUGAUCAUGAUGUCAUUGCCAAAUAUCUUAAUUAUUGGCAAAACCCCCUUUUGUGAACAAGGCACCGAAGAAGUUAAAAAGUUGCUUUUACUUUUACUGGGUUGUGCAGUUCAGUGUCAGAAGAAAGAAGAAUUUAUUGAAAGAAUUCAAGGUUUAGAUUUUGAUACAAAAGCAGCAGUUGCAGCACAUAUUCAAGAGGUAACCCAUAAUCAGGAAAAUGUGUUUGAUUUGCAAUGGAUGGAAGUGACUGAUAUGUCUCAGGAGGAAAUAGAACCACUCUUGAAAAAUAUGGUGUUGCAUCUAAAAAGACUUAUAGAUGAGAGAGAUGAACAUUCAGAGACCAUCAUAGAACUCUCUGAAGAACGGGAUGGUCUUCAUUUUCUACCCCAUGCGUCUUCAUCUGCACAGUCACCCUGUGGUUCUCCAGGCAUGAAGCGGACAGAAAGUCGACAACAUCUGUCAGUGGAACUGGCAGAUGCUAAGGCCAAGAUAAGAAGGCUGAGGCAGGAAUUGGAGGAAAAGACCGAACAGUUGCUGGACUGCAAACAAGAACUUGAGCAAAUGGAAAUAGAACUAAAAAGGCUGCAGCAAGAGAACAUGAAUUUGCUUUCGGAUGCUCGUUCUGCAAGAAUGUACCGAGAUGAAUUAGAUGCACUUCGAGAGAAGGCAAUCAGAGUUGAUAAGCUUGAGAGUGAAGUCAGCAGAUAUAAAGAAAGGCUGCAUGACAUUGAGUUUUAUAAAGCAAGAGUUGAGGAAUUAAAAGAAGACAAUCAAGUUUUACUAGAAACAAAAACCAUGUUGGAAGACCAAUUAGAAGGAACUCGAGCUCGUUCUGAUAAAUUACAUGAAUUAGAGAAAGAGAAUUUACAACUAAAGGCCAAACUGCAUGAUAUGGAAAUGGAACGCGAUAUGGAUAGAAAAAAGAUUGAAGAAUUAAUGGAAGAAAAUAUGACUUUGGAAAUGGCACAGAAACAAAGUAUGGAUGAAUCAUUACAUCUUGGCUGGGAGUUAGAACAAAUAUCCAGAACUAGUGAACUUUCUGAAGCACCACAGAAAUCUUUGGGCCAUGAGGUGAGUGAGUUGACAUCAAGUAGGUUACUGAAGUUGGAGAUGGAAAACCAGAGCUUGACAAAAACUGUAGAAGAACUUCGAAGUACUAUGGAUUCUGCAGAAGGAAACACUUCCAAAAUCCUGAAAAUUGAAAAAGAAAAUCAAAGACUAAGUAUUAAAAUAUUGGAGCAGGAAAAUGAACAUCUGAAUCAAACCGUGUCUUCCUUAAGGCAGCGCUCCCAAAUAAGUGCUGAAGCAAGGGUGAAAGACAUUGAAAAAGAAAAUAAAAUUCUCCAUGAAUCUAUCAAAGAAACAAGUAGCAAGUUAAGCAAGAUUGAAUUUGAAAAAAGACAAAUUAGGAAAGAGUUAGAACAUUAUAAAGAAAAAGGAGAACGAGCGGAAGAACUUGAAAAUGAGUUGCAUCAUCUUGAAAAAGAAAAUGAACUGUUACAGAAGAAGAUAACCAAUUUAAAAAUUACUUGUGAAAAAAUUGAGGCCUUAGAACAAGAAAAUUCAGAGCUAGAAAGAGAAAAUAGGAAAUUUAAAAAAAGAUUGGAUAGCUUUAAAAACCUUACUUUUCAGUUAGAAUCUCUAGAGAAAGAGAAUUCCCAACUUGAUGAGGAAAACUUGGAACUGCGAAGAAACGUGGAGUCUUUGAAGUGCGCAAGCAUGAAAAUGGCUCAACUGCAACUAGAAAACAAAGAACUGGAAAGUGAAAAAGAGCAGCUUAAGAAGGGUUUAGAGCUUAUGAAGGCAUCAUUCAAGAAAUCAGAACGCUUAGAAGUUAGCUACCAGGGUCUAGAUACAGAAAAUCAAAGGCUACAGAAGGCUCUAGAGAACAGCAAUAAAAAAAUUCAGCAGUUAGAGAGUGAACUACAAGACUUAGAGAUGGAAAAUCAAACAUUGCAAAAAAACCUAGAAGAGUUAAAAAUAUCCAGCAAAAGACUAGAACAGCUAGAAAAAGAAAAUAAAUCAUUAGAGCAAGAGACUUCUCAACUGGAGAAGGAUAAGAAACAGCUAGAGAAGGAAAAUAAGAGACUCCGACAGCAAGCAGAAAUAAAAGAUACCACGUUAGAAGAAAAUAAUGUGAAAAUUGGAAAUUUAGAGAAAGAAAACAGAACUCUAUUCAAGGAGAUUGGUAUUUAUAAAGAAUCUUGCAUUCGUCUGAAAGAAUUAGAGAAAGAAAAUAAGGAGCUUGUCAAAAGAGCAACUAUUGAUAUAAAAACUUUGGUUACAUUACGUGAGGAUUUGGUGAGUGAAAAAUUGAAGACACAACAAAUGAAUAAUGAUCUUGAAAAAUUAACCCAUGAGCUUGAGAAGAUAGGGUUAAAUAAAGAGCGACUCUUACAUGAUGAGCAAAGUACAGAUGACAGGUACAAACUUUUGGAAUCAAAAUUAGAAUCCACUCUAAAGAAGUCCCUUGAAAUAAAAGAGGAAAAAAUUGCUGCUUUAGAAGCUCGAUUAGAAGAAUCCACAAAUUAUAACCAGCAAUUGCGCCAAGAACUUAAAACAGUGAAAAAGAAUUAUGAAGCCCUUAAACAGAGACAAGAUGAGGAAAGGAUGGUACAAAGCCCUCCUUCAACUUCCAGUGAAGAUAACAAAUGGGAGCGAGAAAGUCAAGAAACAACCAGAGAGCUUCUGAAAGUGAAAGACAGACUGAUUGAAGUAGAAAGAAAUAAUGCUACACUACAAGCAGAGAAGCAAGCACUGAAAACUCAACUGAAGCAACUUGAGACACAGAACAAUAAUUUGCAGGCUCAGAUUCUUGCACUUCAGAGGCAGACAGUGUCAUUACAAGAGCAGAAUACUACUCUUCAAACACAGAAUGCCAAGCUUCAGGUUGAAAAUUCCACACUUAAUUCCCAAAGUACCUCUCUUAUGAACCAGAAUGCACAACUCCUAAUCCAGCAGUCUUCCUUAGAAAAUGAAAAUGAGUCUGUAAUCAAAGAGCGGGAAGACCUGAAAUCUCUCUAUGAUUCUCUGAUCAAAGAUCAUGAAAAACUGGAACUUCUUCAUGAACGGCAGGCUUCGGAGUAUGAAUCUCUCAUUGCUAAACAUGGAACUCUAAAGUCUGCCCACAAAAAUCUUGAGGUGGAACAUAAAGACCUCGAAGAUCGUUAUAAUCAGUUACUAAAACAGAAAGGACAAUUGGAAGAUUUGGAAAAAACACUGAAAGUAGAACAGGAAAAAAUGCUGCUCGAAAACAAAAACCAUGAGACUGUAGCUGCAGAAUACAAGAAACUUUGUGGUGAAAAUGAUAGGUUGAGUCAUACAUAUAAUCAGCUUUUAAAAGAAACUGAAGUUUUACAAACUGACCAUAAAAACUUGAAAAGUCUUCUAAAUAAUUCCAAACUGGAACAAACAAGAUUGGAAGCUGAAUUUUCAAAGCUGAAGGAACAAUACCAACAGUUGGACAUUACAUCCACCAAGCUAAAUAAUCAGUGUGAGUUGCUAAGCCAACUUAAAGGAAAUUUAGAAGAAGAAAAUCGGCAUCUACUAGAUCAAAUCCAGACAUUAAUGCUGCAGAACAGAACACUGUUGGAGCAGAAUAUGGAAAGCAAGGAUCUUUUUCAUGUUGAACAAAGACAGUACAUUGAUAAGUUAAAUGAACUAAGACGACAAAAGGAGAAAUUAGAAGAGAAAAUUAUGGAUCAAUACAAAUUUUAUGAGCCAUCUCCUCCUAGGAGGAGAGGCAACUGGAUUACUCUAAAAAUGAGAAAAUUGAUAAAGUCUAAGAAAGAUAUUAAUCGGGAACGUCAGAAAUCUCUAACAUUAACACCUACCCGCUCAGACUCCGGUGAAGGAUUUCUUCAACUCCCCCAUCAAGAUAGUCAAGAUAGUUCUUCCGUAGGUUCAAACUCCUUAGAAGAUGGCCAAACUUUGGGGACCAAGAAAAGCAGCAUGGUUGCACUGAAAAGACUGCCCUUUUUGAGGAACAGACCGAAGGAUAAAGACAAAAUGAAGGCCUGCUACCGUCGUUCCAUGUCCAUGAAUGACCUGGUGCAGUCCAUGGUCCUAGCAGGAGGACAGUGGACAGGUAGUACUGAGAAUUUGGAGGUUCCGGAUGAUAUUUCAACGGGUAAAAGGAGAAAAGAAUUGGGAGCUAUGGCCUUCUCUACUACAGCUAUCAACUUUUCAACUGUCAACUCUUCUGCAGGCUUCAGAUCCAAGCAGUUGGUUAAUAAUAAAGAUGCUACAUCCUUUGAAGAUAUAAGUCCACAAGGUAUUAGUGAUGAUUCUAGUACGGGAUCAAGAGUUCAUGCUUCAAGACCAGCCAGCCUGGAUAGUGGCAGGACAUCCACUAGCAAUAGCAAUAAUAAUGCUUCACUCCAUGAAGUCAAAGCAGGUGCAGUUAAUACCCAGAGCAGGCCACAGAGCCAUAGCAGUGGGGAAUUUAGCUUGCUUCAUGAUCUUGAGGCUUGGUCCAGCAGUGGUAGCAGUCCAAUCCAGUACUUGAAAAGACAGACCAGAUCAAGUCCAGUGCUCCCGCACAAAAUGCCUGAAACUGAGAGUCGAGCACAUCACAAGGUCAAAACUGGUUCCCCUGGAAGUGAAGUUGUUACUCUACAACAGUUUUUGGAAGAAAGCAACAAGCUUACCUCAAUACAGAUAAAGUCCUCAAGUCAAGAUAAUCUUUUAGAUGAAGUAAUGAAAAGUUUGUCUGUCUCUUCUGACUUUUUGGGAAAAAGCAAACCCGUUAGCUGUGGUCUGGCCAGGUCAGUAAGUGGGAAAAGCCCAGGAGACUUCUACGAUAGACGGACAACUAAGCCUGAACCGUUUGUGAGACCUGGUCCUCAAAAGCCUGAAGAUACCUACUUUAUGAGUUCUCCAGGAAAACCUACACCAGGCACUCAAGGAAAGAUAAAAUUAGUGAAAGAAUCUUCUUUGUCACGACAAUCAAAAGAUAGUAAUCCUUAUGCCACUUUACCUCGUGCAAGCAGUGUGAUCUCUACUGCAGAAGGGACUACUCGAAGGACAAGCAUCCAUGAUUUUUUGACCAAGGACAGUAGACUACCUGUGUCAGUUGAUCCAUCACCAGCUGUUGCUGAUAGCCACAUCACUGCAGCAUCUAAUAUGGACAAAGUACAAGAAAGCAGAAAUUCAAAAAGCAGGUCUAGGGAGCAACAAAGCUCCUAAUUCUAUUACCCACUACAUGACAUGUGGGCCAAGUGAGAGAAAAGUGUCCUUCAUUUUCUCAGUAUGAAGCCUUUAUAUCUGAAGUAACAAGACACCCAACUAUAGAAAUCAUUUUUUUAAAUCUUUAAGGAGACUUUAUACAAUUCUGCGUGACUAGAGCAGGCAAGAAACACAAACCUUCCUUCCUUCCUUGAAUCAAGGAGCACUACUGGAGUCAACUGCCAAAAUUUUUAGAAGGUUUUAGGACUUACUAUACAUUGUACUAUUAAGAUCUACUGAAUAAAGGAUGUUCUCUCGCUAAGGACCAAGUGUUUUGAGGUUUCAAGAAGUUCUCCAAGAACAACCUACUUCUUUCAUCAUUUGUUUAUGAAUUUAUCCAUGUUUGCUUAAUGCUUCUGCUAAAUAUUAGCGAAAAUCUAGUGAUUUAUAUUUAGUUGUAUAAUCUAAAUCAAAUGCUGUAGUAUGUUGUGGAAUGUAGUAUAUAUCAAGAUACAGAGAACCUUGUUUUGGCAUGCCAGAGUCUUAUUUGGUUAGCAGACUGCAUGUGUUGGUAUUUUUUUUAAGCCAAUUAUUUUGGUGCACUGAACAAAAAAUUCAAGUUUAUAUGAUAAAUCUGAAAAAUCCAUAAUGAGAUAGGAGUUAUAAAAAAUUUAGUGCUAUUAAUCUUUCCAUAUUUCCCAAUAAGCAACACUAAGCAUUCACAAGUGGAUCCAAGUUAAGUAAAGAGUGUUUUCCUGAAACUUUUAAGUAAGGUGGUUUUCCAGCAAAUGGCAUUCCCAAGAUAAAGUUGUUGUAUUUUAACUCAUUUCCCUUCUUUAGUAUUGGGUUAUGUAUGUUUGUUUUUUUAACUUGAGAGCUGACUGUUGCUUAAGAAGUUUUGGCAAAUAUAAUGUAAAUAAUUUACUAUGAUCUACAUUUUUCCAGGAACUCACUUAUUAUUAAGGUUAUCACUUAAUAAGAAUUUUUCUGGUUUUGUCCUUUUUAAUAUUACAUUAAAGUUGGUAACUAUUAUUGGUACUUUUGAAAUAUUUGUAUGCAUUUGUUACCUUAAACAUUUGAAAGAAGCACAAAAAAGUAGAUUUAGUUAAUUUAACCCAGGGAAACAUCAAUUCUUUUUGUAGUUCCAAUUUUAUACCACAGUUUUAUUUUCUUAUGAAAUCAAAAAAAAUGCAUUGAUACCUGUUAAUGCAAAUUCAUUAUUUAACAUAAAUAUCAGAAUAAUCUUACAAGUCUUAAAUGAGGAAGAUACUGACUUUUUAAUUUUAACAGUGUACUUCUUAGGCUCUCAUUACCAGCUCUAAAAAUCUUUUUAGGAUAAUUCAUAUUCCUGUGUGUGGUUUAUGUGAACUGUGUAUCACUAACCUACAUGUCAUGAGAAAUGUGUUGUUUUUCUCUCCCUCCUUUCCUCUCUCUUCCUCUUCUCCCUCCUCCUCCUUUAUCUCUCUCAUGUAUAUUUAUCUUUUUUGGAGAGGGUAGGCCAGUAGUUAUGUUGUAAUCAGAGUCUCCUUUCAGAAAGACCAUUAAUGAAAAGACAGAAUGUAUAGUUGACCAGAAAUUAAAUGGAAAUUAGCAAACUUGGUUAACUUAGCCACUAUUUAACUUAGGCUUUGCCACCAAAUAGUGCUAUAAAGUUAAAUCACGUUUAAACACUUGGCUGAAAGGUGCUGUGUAAUGUAAAUACAAAGGAUUCUUACUAAAAUAUAGAUAUUACACAACAGACAUAUUUAAAACCUAUUCUCUAGACUUUGAAUGAUCUCUCUCCAUCAUGGCUCCCUAGAUUCAAGUAUCAAAUUGAUCAUGGGCAUCAUGGCAGUCUAGAGACACUUGCAUGUAAAAAAUGUAAAUUCAUUUUUAGGUGGAUAAAUGGAAAAUAAAUAUAGAAAUUAUGGUUUAGCUAAAAUACAGUAAGUGGGUAAUUUAGGUUUAUAUUAACUAGCUUCUAAUUUGCACAAGUAGGACACAUCCCAGGACACUUACUGAAAGUUGAAAUUAAUGAGUAGGAGGUGGCCCAAUGAGGGUGAAUGAUAUCACAGCUUGACCUCUCCAGGAUACUGAUGUCCUAAAAUAGAGAACUGCUCACUUAAGCAGCACAUUAUUCCUUCAAGUAGAAAAUGCUAAGGGCAGCCUAUGAAGUACUGAAUCUGAGUAGGCUGACCACGAGAAAGCCCAGUUAAAGCAACAACCAAGGGAACACUUGAGAUUGCAAAAGUAGUAGUAGUCUCAAUUAUAUUCAUCCCCCUUUUCAUAACAAUUCAAAAAGGACUAGAUAAUGACCACAUGAAUAUUUCACUUUCUCCAAAAGGUGUCAUUGGAAGCAAACUUAGUAGAAAGUCACUCUUUUUCCUUAAACAAAUAGUAUGGCCAACUAGAAACUAACUGGGGCCUUUUUACUGGAGCCUGACAUGCUUUUAAUUAUCUGGUUUUAUUCUAAACCUACACCUAACCCCUACCUGACCCCACCCCCAAAAAACACUGAAGAGUUUAAUAAACAGGGUAAGAGUUUCAGCCUAGAACUCCAAUAAAGUGCUUCAUAUCUGGCCAUGUGGAAAUUUAGGUCCAAGUUUUUGAACUGGUGGUUACCAAAGAGUUCAUGAAACAGGUUUGUUGUAGUACCUUUCAUGCAAGGCAUGGUAAGAGCCUACUUAAAAGUCACUGUGCAUAUUACAGAAUUGCAGCCACCUCACAAAUGAAAUACUACAGCCUGCACCGUCUUAACAGUUUUGUCAGUAAGUGAAAAAGAUAUUAUACCAAAUCUGGAUUACAAUGCGGAAUAAUGUAUGCUAAAUGACUUGUAUUUUAAGUUACUGAGGAGAAAAGUGAUUUUUUUUUUGCUAUACUUAGUCCUGAGAUGUAUUUUUUUUUUAAGUCUUGAAUGAAUAAUACUAAAGGAGCCCAUUUUAUAAUAUCAAACUUGAUGUACA